UGUGUUAUAAAAAUCGGCACUAAACUUCAGUCACAAAAUGACAAUUUAACUGGACGGUUAGAAAAUUUAAUAAUAAAAUAUUAGUUUUUAAUAUUUUAUUUUUACUACCUACUUCAUUCCAAACCAACUGCAGCUAAAAUAAUUCUAUAAUGCUGGGGAAAACUUUUACAAUUUUUCUCUUGUUAGUUGGUGUAUAUCUUGAAUUUGGUACAAGUUAUUCAGCAAUUCGAGAUGCUCGCAUAAUAAGAGAACAUAAACGACAACUACGUCACAAUGCAACACUAUCCGCACCGGAUUUAAAUCAUGUCAAAAUUGCUCGUCGACUGGUGAACCAAGCGAACUGGGCUUCUGUUGGUACUGUUUCAGUAAAUAGCGCCAUUAAAGACUAUCCGAUGGUUAAUAUUAUCUCAGUGAACGAUAAUGAUCCCUUUGGAAAAUCGACUGGACGCAUACAGUUUCUUUUAACUGAUUUGGAUUUUACUGGACCCGAUUGGCAGAAUAAUAAUAAGGCUACAUUUUUGUUUACGGAUGAGCAACUAAUGCAUUGUACUAAAAGAAAUAGUUGGAUAUAUGAGGAUCCAAUUGAUCCCAUGGAGCCAACCUGUGCUCGCACUAUUAUAAGUGGUCAAAUUAAUAAGAUGAAUAGAAACGGCAAUGAAUAUGACGGCGCUUUAGUAUCAUUUGUUCAAAGACAUCCUGCUGCUAAGAAUUGGCUUAAAGAACACAACUUUUACUUAUGUGAACUGAAUAUUACGAAUAUUUUUGUAUUGGAUUAUUAUGGUGGACCACAUACUAUCAAUAUUACCGAAUAUUAUAAUACAACGCCAUAACAUGUUUAUAUACAUAUUUUAAAAAAUUAUUUCUGAAUUUACAAAUUUUUCUGUAAAUAAAAUAAUAAAAAUCGAGUUUUAACUUUCAAUAAAAGUUAGAUAUAUCGAAAAAUUAAA